GAAACAUGGCGCUGGAUGUAAAAUCCAGAGCGAAACGAUACGAAAAGUUGGACUUUCUUGGAGAGGGUCAGUUUGCCACAGUUUACAAAGCACGGGAUAAGACAACAAACACCAUAGUUGCCAUUAAGAAGAUUAAGGUUGGACACAGAACUGAGGCAAAAGAUGGCAUUAAUAGAACUGCCCUUCGAGAAAUUAAACUGCUCCAAGAACUAAGUCAUCCAAACAUCAUCGGCCUUCUGGAUGCCUUCGGACACAAAUCUAAUAUCAGUCUCGUCUUCGAUUAUAUGGAAACAGAUCUUGAGGUCAUUAUCAAAGAUACCAGUUUGGUACUGACUCCAGCCAACAUCAAAGCCUACAUUCUUAUGACUCUACAGGGCUUAGAAUACCUACAUCACCAUUGGAUUCUACACAGAGAUUUGAAACCAAACAAUUUACUGCUUGAUGAAAAUGGAGUGUUGAAGCUUGCUGAUUUUGGAUUAGCAAAAGCCUUUGGGAGUCCAAACAGGGUCUACACCCAUCAAGUAGUGACAAGAUGGUACCGUGCUCCCGAGUUGCUCUUUGGGGCAAGGAUGUACGGAGUGGGCGUGGACAUGUGGGCAGUGGGCUGUAUCCUUGCCGAGCUCCUCCUCCGAUUACCAUUUUUAGCUGGAGAUUCAGACUUGGACCAGCUGACAAAGAUAUUUGAAGCUUUGGGGACACCAACAGAAGAGACGUGGCCAGGAAUGACGAGCCUUCCCGACUACGUGUGCUUUAAAACCUUCCCGGGCACUCCUCUGGAGCACAUUUUCAGCGCGGCGGGAGAUGACCUCCUGGAGCUACUACAGGGACUGUUCACCUUUAACCCCUGCACUCGAAUCACAGCCACUCAGGCUUUGAAAAUGAGAUACUUCAGCAACAGACCUGGCCCCACCCCGGGCCCCCAGCUCCCGCGACCAAACGCUUCAGCCGAGGCCCUGAAAGAGAAGGAGAACCUCACCAUAGGGAUAAAGAGAAAACGCGAUGGAAUCGAAGACGUUGCCCUAAAGAAGAAGCUGGUAUUUUAAAUGGUGCGAUGGGACCAUUUCUUUCUUUUUUUUUCCUCAAUGUCUCUGAGCCAUGUGAUCACACCUGCUGCUGAAGAGAUUCUCUACAGAUAAUGUAAAAUACAUGUGCCCUUCAC